GGGAAGAAAGAAGAGGCUGGUUUUACUUUCACAGUCUCUCAGAGGAGAAGUUGCUUCUAGCAGUGUAUGCUUUGGCUGAGCUCGGCUUCCUCUGUCCUGACAAGUGUUUGCUGGGCCUUGAGGGGUCAUGGCAGACAAGAAGCUGGAGGAAAUCCGCAGGCAGUUUGUAGCCGGUGCCAACAAGGCUGUCAUUGGCCAAGUCUUGGAUGAACUUCUCCGGAAAGGAGUCCUGAAUGACGAGGAGGUGGAGGAGGUGAAGGAGAACACAAAAAAGCAUGACCAGGCGAGGACUUUGAUCGACCACGUGAGGAGGAAGGGGCACAGGGCCAGCCUGAUCUUCAUCCAGGAGCUCCAUGGCCAAGACCCCUUCUUAGCUGGCGACUUGGGGAUCCCGGACUUUCUGUCAGGGAGUCCAGCUUGCCUGCCGCCCCCUGAACCCGGCCCGAGAGCCAGCGUCUCAGCAGCAAAAGCGCGGCCACUGGAGUCCAGAGACGGGCUCACCCUUUGCCCCUUGGACUUCUUCCUGAAAAUACAAGCCGAGGAAGUGAACGAGAUCUACCCAAUCAAGGACUCAAAGACGCGGACGCGCCUGGCCUUGAUCAUCUGCAACAUUGAGUUUGAGCACUUGUCCAGAAGGGAUGGGGCUGAGGUGGAUCUGGUGCAGAUGAAGACCCUCCUGGAAGGACUGGGAUACAGUGUGGAAACAGAGACCAACUUAUGCUCAAAGGAUAUGGCCAGCUGCUUACAGCGCUUUGCGGCUCGGCCGGAGCACAAGACCUCCGACUGUACCUUCCUGGUGCUCAUGUCUCACGGCCUCCGGGGAGUCCUGUGUGGGGUCAAGAGCCAGGGCGAGUGCUCGGACAUCCUCCCCAUUGACACCAUCUUCUCUGCCUUCAACAACAAGAACUGCCAAGCUCUGAGAGGGAAGCCCAAGGUCGUCGUCAUCCAGGCAUGCCGUGGUGAGAAUAAAGGGUUUGCAUAUGUAAGUGACUCAGUAAUGCCUCCAGACGUGCCCCUCUUCCCUGUCCUGUGGCCCCCUGAGGGCUUGGAGAGCGAUGCCAUUCAGAAAGUGCAUGUGGAGAGUGACUUCAUCUGCCUCUAUUCCACAACCCCAGAUCACGUAUCCUGGAGAAGCCCCCAGACUGGAUCCAUCUUCAUUGUCCAGCUGAUCAAGGAUAUCAAGGCACACGCCUGGAACUGCAACCUGGAAGAGGUCUUCCGCAAGGUCCUGCAGUCCUUUGAAAAAAACCCAUGUCAGAUGCCCUCCAAGGAUCGAACCACCCUGUGCAAGAAGCUCUACCUUUUCCCAGGGCACUGAAACAGAACGAAGAGGCAGCGUUCUCAGCAAGGUGCCAGCCGCUGUGGAUGGACCAUUGGUUUUUCAGAGAUCUGGGGGCUAGAUUGCUCAAAGCCCUCCACAGCUGUGCCUCCCCAUUCCCUGCCUCUCAACUUACUUAUUUCAAUACAUCCUUGAUUGUGAUCUCCCACAACACUCCUUCCUUCAGCUCCCUCCUCAAAAGCACAAGAAAAGCCUGGCUGUCGGGCCCAAAGGGGCUCAUCUAGUCCAGCAUCCUGUUCUCACACGGGCCCCAAAGGGAAACCUGCUAGCAGGACACAAUUGCGACAGCAACUCUCUUCACUUGUGCAACUCCCCAGCAAGUGACAUUCAGAGCCAUGCCACCUCUGCCACAAUUACUUUGCAGGGUGUUUGUGUGGUGUAGUGGUUAAGGUGUUGGACUAGGACCUGGGAGACCAGGGUUUGAAUCCCCACACAGCCAUGAAGCUCACUGGGAGACCUUGGGCCAGUCACUGCCUUUCCGCCUCAGAGGAAGGAAAUGGUAAACCCCCUCUGACUACCGCUUACCAUGAAAACCCUAUUUGAAGGGUCGCCAUAAGCCAGGAUCAACUUGAAGGCAGGCCAUUUCCAUUUUGAAGCAUGUUACCGUAACGUGCAUUGAUUAGGAAACUCACUUUUUCAUGAUGCAGCCCCAUAGUUCCUAACUAGCCAUAAGUCCGUGCAACUAAAAUAAAUGCGUAUUUCCCCCCCA